GGCGGGCCGGGAGCGGAGCCUGGGGCCAUGGCAGCGCCCGCGGACCCAAGGCGGCUGUGCCGGCUGGUGCAGGAAGGCCGGCUGUGUGCCCUGCGGGAGGAGCUGCGGGCUGCGGGGCGCGCCGGCUGCGCGGGGCUGGCCAGGGACACCCUCUUGCAUUGCGCCGCGCGCCACGGCCGCCGGGAAAUCCUGGCCUAUCUGGUCGAGGCCUGGGACCUGGACAUCGAGGCCGCCAACCGAGACUACAAGCGGCCUCUGCACGAGGCUGCCUCCAUGGGCCACCGGGACUGCGUGCGGUACCUGCUGGGCCGAGGGGCCGCGGUCGACUGCCUGAAGAAGGCCGACUGGACUCCUCUGAUGAUGGCUUGCACAAGGAGGAAUCUUGAGGUGGUCCAGGACCUCGUGGAGCAUGGCGCCAAUCCACUCCUGAAGAACAAAGACGGCUGGAACAGUUUCCACAUUGCCAGCCGAGAAGGCGACCCUCUGAUCCUCCAGUACCUGCUCGCUGUUUGCCCAGCUGCCUGGAAGACAGAGAGCAAGAUUGGGAGAACCCCGCUGCACACGGCAGCAAUGCAUGGCUGUUCAGAGGCAGUAGAGAUGCUUCUUCAGAGGUGCCAGUAUGAACCGGACUGCAGAGACAAGUGUGGCCUCACACCCUUCAUGGACGCCAUUCAGUGUGGACACAUCGACGUAGCCAGGCUGCUCCUCGAAAAACACAAGGCUUGCGUUUCUGCUGAGGACUCCCUGGGGGCCCAGGCCAUCCACCGGGCAGCAGUCACUGGGCAGAAUGAGGCCAUCCAAUUCCUGGUCUCUGAGCUUGGCAUCAACGUAGAUGUGAGAGCAGCCUCCACCCACCUCACAGCACUUCACUACGCAGCUAAGGAAGGACACGUAAGCACAAUCCAGACACUGUUAUCCUUGGGUGCCGACAUCAACGCCAAGGACGAAAGAAAUCGAUCAGUGACUGCACACAGGUGUGUUCCCACCCGAGCUGUGCCUCUGCCUUACACACUCGCCGUGAUGAUGGUCUGUCGGUUUAUGCUUGGUUCUCCAGUACACGGCUCUCCAUUGAAAAUGCCCCUGUAGCGUGGACAGGGCUGCUGGAUGCUGCUGCCAAAGCUACUCGAGAGCCAGAGAGGGCAGUGAUGAUAGUAACGUUCAUUGUGGCAAAGAUAGUGGUGAUGAUAUAAUUACAACCUAUUACUGCAGUAGUAAUAUAUUGAGAAUGCUAAUGACAGUGGUGGUGAUCAUUAGUAUUAUUCCCUCACUUCCUAAUUAUAGGUACUUUUCUCACUUCCUUUGGGUCUUUACUUAAAAGUGGGGCCCUUCCUUGGCCACCAGAUCUAGAAUUUCGUUCCCUCCUUCAACAUUUUAUAUCUUCUUCCCUUAGUUCAUGUUUUCUCCAUAGCAUUUACCACUGUGGAAUAUACCAUCUGUCUUGAGUUAUUUAUUUUCUCUGUUGUCUGUCUCCCCCACGAGAAUGUAAGCUCCUUGGCCAGGGUUUUUGUGUCUCUUGCUCACUCACUAUAUCUACAGGGCCCAGAACAAUGCCUGGCACAUGGUAAGGGUGUAGAUCAUGAGAUAGCCAACGAGUGAACGAUAACUUCUGUUUCUUGAGCACUUACUGUGUCCUGGAUGCUGUGCUGAGUGCCUUUCCUGGCCAGUCUCAUUCCAUCCCUGGCUCUUACAAGGGGCAGCCCCUCCUGAUUAUCCUCCAUCUCAAGCAUCCUUUCUCAUCCCGACCUCCUUAGAGAAGAGCCUGUGCUUGGUUCCCGGUUCAUGGGCACUGCCGGCCCCUGCCGCCCGGCUUCCUCACUGCUGCUCCUAGGUCACCGGGACCCAGUUGCCAAAUCAAGUAACGUGCCUUUAGCCCUCACGUUACUGAUCCUUUCAGGUCAAUUAUCAAUCACUCCCACCUUCCGGAAGCUCGUUUCUUGUCACCUCCAACAACACGCUUCUGGGUUUUCCUUUCUGACCUUCCUUUUCCGUCUCUGUCGUGAGCGCCUCUGUCACGGCCUAUCCCAUACAUGCUUCUGUCCCCGCUCAGCACUGUCCCUGUGCCGAGUGUGCCUCCACCCGCCUCAUCCACUCUCAUCUCACUGCCCCCUGACCGCUGAGUCCCUCCAGCCCUGACCCUCUGCUGCCGGCUGUACGUUUUUGCAUGGACGUCCCAAGGCUGCCCCACACUCAACUCGCUCAAAACCUAGCCUCCCCCUAAAAUGAAAAAUUUAAAAAAAAAAAAACAUUGUAAAUCAACU